UAAGCUAGCCAAGACCAACAACACAAGCAAACGGACUAUAACGGACUAUACAGCUUCAAGUAGUAGCAUUAAGACUGACUGAAGGCUUCACGUUUUCCGUUGGGAUCACACUUGCUGUGUGCUUUUUUCUGAUGUUUGGAAACUCCAUGCUGCUGACAUCAUUCUACGCCUCCUCGCUGGUCUCCAUUUGGGGAAUAAUUGCCCUGCGGGACAAAUUUGCAGGAGCCUUCAAACCUGGCCUCAUCACAUGGGUCAUGCAGGGCCUGGUAUGGGUUGUCUCCACGGUCAUUCUCAAGUUCAUGCUGUCAGCCAUCUUUGGAGCCUCUGAUGAUGCUCACAUCAGUAGCUUAAUAAAGCCCAAGUUUACCAGCUACAAGGACUUUGACACCAUGAUGUAUACCUGUGCUGCUGAGUUUGACUUCAUGGAAAUUGAAACCCCACUGCGCUACAUCAAGACACUGCUGCUUCCCAUCAACAUGCUGGUGGUUGCUGUCAUAGCAGGACGGACCAUCCAGGAUGUUGUGAGGUUCCUGAGGGAAGGAGAGAAGUAUUCUGUCAAACCUGAAGACGAUGACGACGAUGAACACCCAGAAAUGUUGGCAAAAGGAGAGCUGGUGUACCAUAGCCUACAGUUGAUAGCGUUUGCAGUGCUGGCGAUGCUCAUCAUGCGUCUCAAGCUCUUCCUCACGCCCCACAUGUGCAUCAUGGCCUCCUUGAUCUGCUCCAAACAGUUGUUUGGCUGGAUAGGGGAGAAGUUCAAGCUCCACGUGAUGGUGUUUGGCAUCUUGUCCAUCAUGGCCAUGCAGGGUGCGGCCAACCUGCAGGCCCAGUGGGGCAUCAUGGGAGAAUUCAGCAACCUACCCCAGGAGCAGCUGCUGGACUGGAUCAGAGACAACACACGGCCCAACGCUGUGUUUGCUGGAGCCAUGCCCACCAUGGCCAGUGUGAAGCUGUCAGCCGGCCGGCCCAUCGUCAACCACCCACAUUACGAGGACGCUGGACUGAGGGAGAGGACCAAGCUGGUGUACGCCAUGUAUAGCCGCAAGUCUGCCGAGGUGGUGAAGAGGAACCUGAUGCAGAUGGAGGUGGACUACUUUGUCCUGGAGGACUCGUGGUGCACCCGGCGCUCCAGGCCUGGCUGCAGUAUGCCUGAGAUCUGGGAUGUGGAGGACCCUCAGAACGCUGGGAAAGUCCCCCUCUGUACGCUCAUGUCCAGGGACUCCAGGCCCCACUUUGCCACAGUCUUUCACAACAACGUUUACAAAGUUCUAAAAGUUCCCAAAGCAGCUAAAGAGCUCAGAUAACAGCAGCGUCGGCCUGUUUUUGGUGCUACCUUCUAGUGUUUCCAUCAGCGUGGUGCGUGUUUUUAUAUAGUUCCUUUUCCUGUUGGUCUGUCUCCUUUGGAGGUACCACUGCCACAGCUGCGUUUUACGUCUCCCUUUUUUGAGGCUCUGUUAGAGCAGUGGACUGAUGUGAUGGGCUAAAUAAGAGUCCCCACUUGUGUUGUGUAAGCAUUUCAUUUAAUUUUAUGCGAGCUUAUACUGAAAGUUGUUCUUAAAGAAAGAAAUUCAUUUUAUUUUUGUGUAUUAGUACAUUUUGGAUGUCAGGCAUAUUUACUUUUUGUACUUUUAUGCCCUUUUUUGCAUAUUAAGAAUUGUCAUUAUUUAGUGUCAUUUUUUUGAUUCACUGAUGUGUGUAAUAAUUUUGUUAUUUGCCAAAGCAAAGUGUAGUUAGUAUAACUACUAGUGUUACAGCUGCAAGUGUCAGCUUAAUGUAGCACACCUGAAAUGUCCUUUUUAAGAGAAGUGGAAUAUGAUCAUCUGCAAACAGAUUUUUCCCAACAACCCAUUGCAACUUGUAGCAGUGCAUUAUUUUAAGCAUUAGCGUAAUGACCUACCACCAUAUAUCAGUGGUUUAGGACCCUGUAUUGACAUACAGAAAACACUUUUAGGCAUCUUUUUGGAGUUGUUAAAGUCAUACCAAUUUAGCGUUAUUGCUUUGGACUCCACCACAGGAAGUUACGUCAUUAAUUUGUAGCCUUUUUUUGCACCUCAGUGGCCUUUGCACAUGUCACAACAUAAUUGAAUUCAACAAUGUUAUGACAAAAAAAAACAAUUUUUUUUUAAUGAUUUGAAUUGUAACCCGCUUGCGGUUACUUCCCCAUUUUAUUGUGGGGACAUAGCUGUGAAAGACUACGCCACUCUGGUCUCCACUUUACACUUGAUAGCACUGGUGUGCUCUAACCACUUCCCCCUUUUGUUCAUGCAGCUCUGAGUUGUGACUGUGAAAGUCCCUUUGCCACUCUGAUGAGGUCAAGGGUCAAACAGGAGAGUCGUUCUCAUUAUCCCUGUGACUCAUUCGGCCUUUACCAGUGUGGCUUUGAAGUUACUUAAAACAACCCCAGUGUAAUCAUUCCAGUGUAAAAGCUACAGUAUUGUUGGGUACAAAUCAUCUCACCAAUACAGGUGAGGCAUUUUAGCAAUAAGCAUACUGUUAGUUACUCAGACUUCAAGGUUUAUACAUAUUAUACAACAUUCAUCAAUUGUAAUAGUUUCAAGCAGCAGUUUCAAUUAAAUGCAAGAAGUUUA